AAUGACUGACUCAGCGUAUAGCUAUUAAAAAACUUUUAAAGAUCUACUUUGGUGCACAGCACACUGGAAGCUGAAAAGAGUGAAUGUUUAAAUGUGAACAGAUAAGCAUAUCCAACUGACUUUCUUGGGACUAUUAUUUUUAUUCUGCAACAAUCCACAAGGGCAAUUACUGUAUUUUUACCCUUGGAUCAGUUACUGCAAGAAAUGGGUAUCCUGGCUUUUUUGAUUCUCCCUGUACUGGUGAUUGGCAUUGCUGGCAUUGUUUAUAUUUACAAGCGAAUAAUGCGUCUGAUGUCCAAAUCAGCUGUGAGGAACAAAGUGGUUGUGAUAACUGAUGCUGUAUCAGGCUUUGGGAAAGAAUGCUCCAGAGUAUUUCACAGUGGAGGAGGCCGUGUGGUCUUGUGUGGCAACGACUGGGAUAAGUUAGAAGCCCUGCAAGAGGCCCUACUUGAUGUUGCAGACCCGAGCCAGACAUUCAGUCCAAAGAUAGUGCUUUUGGAUCUAAGUGACACAGAGAGCAUCCCCGAGAAAGCCAAGGAAAUCCUUGAAUCAUUUGGGUGUGUGGAUGUGCUCAUUAACAACAGCAGUCUGAAAGUUAAAGGAGGUGCCCUCAAUGUCCCUUUGGAAUUGGACAAGAAGAUAAUGGAUGCUAAUUAUUUUGGACCCAUUUCUCUAACCAAAGAGCUUCUUCCACCGAUGAUCGCUAGACAUAAUGGUCAAAUUGUGCUGGUCAACAGUAUCCAAGGAAAAUUAGGACUUCCAUUCCGUGCAGCCUAUGCUGCUUCAAAGCAUGCACUGCAAGCUUUUUUUGAUUGCCUCCGGGCUGAAUUUGCAGAAUAUGGCAUUACUGUCAACACUGUGAGCCCAACAUUCAUCCGUUCUUAUCAUCAAAUGCCAGAAGCUGGGAAUUGGGAGGCAUCCAUUUGGAAAUUUUUCUUCAGGAAGUUGGCGUAUGGUGUCCACCCAGUGGAAGUAGCUGAGGAAGUGUUGUACACAGUGAACAGAGGCAGCAAGGAAGUGAUGAUUGGAAAUCCUGUUUCAAAGGCAUUUGUCUAUUUAAGGACAUUUUUUCCUGAAAUAUUUUUUGCAAUUGUUGCUGCUGGAAUCUCAAGCCAACCCAUUACAGAGGAAGAACAAUAACUUUCCUUUUUUAAGCCUUAUUCUAUGAAAUUACUUCUCCCUCUCUCCUGCUAUCUCUGCCAUGUAUUAUGCUUAUUAUUUUCUGACUUAUUUACCUCUUAACUCGCUUUUAGAAUUGCUUUUUACCUAACCAUUAUCCCAUUUCUCCUUUCUUCGUCUGUGUUCUAUUCUGACAAAUUAUGGAGGUUUGGUGGAUUAAGUUAUGAGGGCAAAUUGGAUACAUUUAGUUUGUAUUCCCUUGAGAUAAGGAAGUUGAGGGAUGAUCUUACUGAGGUAUUGAAAGUAACAUAAGGAUUUGGUAGGGGAAAGUACACAUUAUCUAACUUUUAGUUGGAUUAUAAAGAAGAAGGGACACAAUCUUAUAAUUAGAACUAAAAUAACCAGGAGCAAAAUCAGAAAAUACUUCCUAUAUUAAAUGUGUCAGGAAUCUGGAAGUGUCUUCACCUGACAACAUUGUGAAUGCUGCAACGUUGGAGCUUUCAGGAGUUAGGCAGAUUUAUUGUAGUCAAAGAUAUUAAGGGAAAUGGUGCAAAGACAGAUAGUGGAAUUGAGAAACAAACCAGUAUGGUAGAUUUGCAAUGCUGAAAACCCUACUAUGCUCGAUCUUUGCAUUUUCUAUAGUCUCACUUUUAUUCUAACAUCAGUGAGAGUUAAGCUGCAUUCAAUCAAUCCUAUUGGAUAAUUCACUGUGAUAUUUAAGUUGACUGAUAGACCAGCACUGAUAGAUCUUUGUAGGUCAGAAGGUCAAUCUGGCCUUCCAUGUUCAAACCGAACCGUUUGACAAUGUAAUAAAGGAUAUACAAGAGUUUUAGGUGCACUGAAUGGACUAAAGUGCAAAGACAGAAGUUUUUAUUGCUCAGAUCUCUAAUAUAUUUUAGUUCUGAAAUCUCCAGGAAUUUUGCUACUUUUGUCAUAUGCGAAUAAGGUAAAAAGCAAAGUGCUGGAGGAACUCAGCAGGCCAGGCAGCAUCUGUGGGAAGAAAUGGACACAGUGUCUUGCGUUGUGACCCUCUUCAGAUUGAUGGAGUAGAGGGGAGAAAGCUGGUAGAGAAGUGAGGGAAGGGGUGGGACAAAAACUGACAAUGGUGUGGCAGGUUCAGGUGAAGAGGGGUGAUAAGCAGAUUGGUGUAGUUGGUAACAAAGGCUGGAGCCGAAAUGGAGGCAAAAGAAUACAAAUAUGGAAUAAGAUAGAGAAGGAGUGAAAUGUAUAUUGGAGGGAGGGAUAGUAAGAGAAAGG